CAAUUUGCCUAAAUUUAUUAAAUAUAUAUAUAUAUAUAUAUAUAUUCCACUUUCCAUUGUUCGGUUGAUGAAUUAAACAAAGGGAAUUUCUAGGUUGCUGUUCUGACUAUAAAUAUAUAAUUGUUUAUGUAUAUGUCAAUGGAAUAUGCCAUUAAAAUAUAGGUUAUAAUUAAUAGUGGCGAUGAAUAUCAAGAAUACAAUGGUUUUUUCUUCUCUUAGCAUUGGUGAGCUACUAAGGUUAUAAUUUCAAGCUAAGUGGAGAAGAACUCUUCCAAGUCAACUUUGCUUUUCAAUUCAUAUCUUUAAUUUGAGUUAAAACAAUGGGGAAUCUUUUUUGUUGUGUGCAAGUUGACCAAUCUACAGUGGCUAUGAAAGAAGGAUUUGGACGAUUUGAAGAAGUGCUUCAGCCGGGAUGCCAUUGCAUGCCAUGGGUUCUUGGAAAACGAAUUGCCGGCCAUCUCUCUCUUCGGCUUCAACAAUUGGAUAUUCGAUGUGAGACCAAGACAAAGGAUAAUGUCUUUGUAAACGUUGUUGCUUCGAUUCAGUAUCGUGCCUUGGUAAACAAGGCAAAUGAUGCAUUUUACAAACUUAGCAACACAAGAAGCCAAAUUCAAGCUUAUGUUUUUGAUGUAAUUAGGGGAACUGUUCCAAAACUCAACUUGGAUGAUGCUUUUGAGCAGAAAAAUGAAAUUGCAAAAGCUGUGGAAGAUGAACUUGAGAAGGCUAUGUCGGCUUAUGGAUAUGAAAUUGUUCAAACACUGAUUGUUGAUAUAGAGCCAGAUGAGCAUGUGAAGCGCGCUAUGAAUGAAAUCAAUGCUGCUGCAAGAUUGAGGAUGGCAGCUAAAGACAAGGCGGAGGCAGAGAAGAUCUUGCAAAUUAAGCGAGCCGAGGGUGAGGCUGAGUCUAAAUAUCUCUCUGGGCUGGGUAUUGCUCGCCAACGUCAAGCCAUUGUGGAUGGUUUGAGAGAUAGCGUGCUUGGAUUUUCAGUUAAUGUACCGGGGACGACUGCGAAAGAUGUUAUGGAUAUGGUCCUUGUCACUCAAUACUUUGAUACUAUGAAAGAAAUUGGUGCUGCCUCCAAGGCUUCUGCUGUGUUCAUUCCACAUGGACCUGGUGCUGUUCGCGAUGUAGCUAGCCAAAUUCGUGAUGGACUUCUCCAGGGUUCUUAUCAUUAGCUUCUAUUUCUCCUACAUGGUAUCUGAUUUGUAUGGAAGUGUGGUUAUUUUAUAAUGCUUAGGUUGUAUCUCUGCAGUAUAUAUGUGAUAUGAUUUUAUAUCAGAGUAAGCUUCUGCUGUGAUCAACCAAAUGUUAUGGCAUCACUAUAUCAGUCUUGCAAAGAUAUUUUUGUCAUUAAGUUAAUCCUUCAAUGAUUUAAAACCGUGUCACAUUUACUCUUAAGGAAAAUGGUGACACAAUACCAAUUUGCUAAUUGUUUUGUAUCUUUGUGGGAUUGAUUUGGUGAUGAAACCUUUGGAGGAUGAUUUAAAGGAAUUACUCUUGUUUUAUACUUUUUGUUUGUAAUUCUCAUUAUAUAUAUAUUAAUUUUCUACAUUAUAAUGUAUGCAUAACUAGACUA